CUUACACCUAAUCACAGCUUUCACUUCCUAUAAAUUAUAUCUAACCUCACAAACUCCAUCUCAUCAUUCUCGCCUUGUGCUCGCCACACGCCUUCCGUCUCUCUCUCUUGAUGAGGUUGGAAAUGAAGAAGAUGAAGAUGGAGAAAUCAUCAACAUGGGCAAUCAUGAUCUUAUUAAUUAUGGUAUCUUUUAGCAUAUCUAUGGCAAAAACAAGUGGAGUUACAGAAGCAAGUCUUCACAAAAUAGCAGCUUCUCUUGAAAUGUACGUUGAUGAACUUCCCGAGAUGCCAAAGCUCUUUGGUUACUCUACUGAUAAAUAUGGAUCUAUCAAACCAGCCAAUCUCUCUAUUGGCAUGUAUCAGAUCAAAUGGAAAUUCCACCGCGAUUUACCAGCCACAACUGUUUUUGCAUAUGGAACAUCGGCUGCAACCGCCACUGUACCUGGCCCUACUAUAGAAGCAAUUCAAGGAGUACCUACAUCUGUAACCUGGCAAAAUUUUCUUCCUCGAUCUCACAUACUACCAUGGGAUCCAACCGUCCCAACAGCCAUUCCUAAGCACGGAGGUGUCCCUACGGUCGUUCAUCUCCACGGUGGGGUCCAUCCAUCAACAUCAGACGGUCAUGCUCUAGCUUGGUUCACAGCAAGAUUCCGUGAGACUGGGCCCACAUGGUCUCAACCAACAUACACGUACCCUAACAUACAACACUCUGGUAAUCUAUGGUACCAUGAUCAUGCGGUUGGUUUGACACGUGUCAAUCUCCUAGCUGGUUUGAUUGCAGCCUAUGUAAUUCGGCAUCCACAUCUCGAUGCAAAAUUAAACCUUCCAAUGGGCUCAGAGUUUGAUCGUCACUUAAUCAUCGUGGAUCGAAGCUUCUACAAAGAUGGUUCAUUGUAUAUGAAUUACACUGGAAACAAUCCGACAAUACACCCGCAAUGGCAACCGGAAUACUUUGGUGACGCCGUUAUUGUUAACGGUAAAGCUUGGCCUUAUCUUAAGGUCCAACGAAGAAAAUAUAGAUUCCGCAUAAUCAAUGCCUCUAAUGCGAGAUACUUUCGUUUUUCAUUAUCCAACGGUUUAUCUUUUAUCCAAGUCGGAUCAGAUUCAUCAUACCUGCCUUACCCAAUCUCCACGCCCACAAUACUUCUGGCUCCUGCUGAGAUUGCUGACGUCAUUAUUGAUUUCUGUGAAGCAGCCGCGGGAGAAUCCAUUUUGACAAAUGAUGCUCCAUACCCGUACCCAACUGGUAAUUCGGUUGAUGAGUUGAACAGCAAGAUCAUGAAGUUCAUCAUUAGCUCUGGGUCACCAACACCACCUGAUUCAUCACGGCUCCCACCAAGUUUGGUUCAAUAUCAGACGGCAUCAACAGCAGGAGCAGCAGUUACAAGAUACAUCGUGAUGUACGAGUACCAAAGUGAAACCGGAGCUCCAACCCAUUUGUACAUAAACGGGAAAAGUUUUGAAGAUCCAGUAACGGAGACACCAAAAUCCGGCAGCACAGAAAUAUGGGAAGUGAUAAACCUGACCGGCGAUAAUCACCCAUUACACGUCCAUCUUGGUUUAAUUCAAGCACUUAAAGCGCAGGAGCUAGUGGAUUUAGCUGGAUUCAGUGCAUGCAUGAGUGUUAAGAAUGAUGCAAUUGCAUGCAACGUGAGUAGUCAUGCAACAGGAAAGGUGAUUGAAACGCCAGAAAACGAGAAGACAUGGAAGAACACGGUGAAGAUAGAACCUGGGUAUCAAACGACAGUGGUAGUUAAGUUUAAUUUGGUCGAAAAUAACAAAGCAAAGGCGUAUCCUUUUGAUGCAAGUGCAGAACCAGGCUAUGUGUAUCACUGCCAUAUUUUGGAUCAUGAAGAUAAUGCUAUGAUACGUCCAUUGAAGUUGCUUCCUUGAUAUUUUUUUUGUCUUUUUUUCCCUUUAUAUGUUUCCUUUUGUUAGGAUUGAAGUUUGCAUUUCAAUUCCCUGUUAUUUUGCUAAUGUGAUGACGUUUUUCUUGUGGUCAAGUAAUAAAAUCGAUUUAAUUUAC